UGAGUCUAUAAAUAGGAUUGCAAGAAGAGAGUGUGGUAUCAGCAACAAGAGACUCAAUUCUAUAAGCUAGUGUGUCUAAGAGGUGCUCUCUCAAGGGUAGAAGCAUUUGUUUCUGGACCUAGCUAUUUGCUUGUGAUUAGGAGAAAAUAGAACUUGGCUAUUAAAAGAUGGUCCCUACUACUGUUGCUAAUGAUCGCAUUUGCGAAGAGCUAAGCAUUAACAUUCCAAUAUUAAUGGAAAAUGAUUUUAUGGAGCCAAUCCGGCGGCCCUAGUGUUGCAUCUACAGAGUGCCCCAGAGACUUCGCCAGGUAAACGAAGAAGCCUACACUCCAAAGCUAAUCUCAAUAGGUCCUUUUCACCACGAUGGAAAACGACCAAGGGAUGAGGAAAAUGAAGAAAAUGAUUUGAGGGACAUGGAAAAGCUGAAAUUGGGAUACUUAAAGGAAUUCUGUAAUCGGACUAUGACAUGCCCAAAGGAAAUAGCAAGGAUCAUUGAAGAAAAUGAACACAAGAUUCGGAGUUGUUAUUCAGAGAGCUUUGAUAUCAGCAGAGAAGAUUUUGUGAAAAUGGUUCUAAAGGAUUCCACCUUUAUCAUUGAGCUUUUCUUGAGGGCUGAUAAAAAAGAAAAAUAUAAAAACGAUUACUUAUUAAGUAAUCCAUUGUUGAACCGUCAUAUACUUGAAGACUUGAUAUUACUUGAGAAUCAGCUUCCAUUCUUUAUUCUUGAGGAGUUGCAUGAAAAGUUUUCCAAAAGGCACAGUGAAAAUUCCCUUUUUAUUGACUUGUCCCGCAACUAUUUUUAUUCGUGUAUCAAGAGCAUACCAAAGGUGAUGGAGAAGGAGAAAGGGAAGAAGAAGGAAGUAAAACAUUUCACUGAUUUGAUAAGAUAUUUCCAUUGUCCGACUAAACACAAAGAUUUUGGAGAUAGUAUUCGUGAUCUAUCUACUGCAACACAAUUAUACGAAACAGGAGUGAUAUUCAAAUUGGAUGAAGUGGGUGGCUUACUUGACAUACAAUUCAAUAAGUGGUAUCCCACGGAAAUAUGUCCCUGUUUCACUUGCUCAUGGCUUUUAAAUUGCUUACCGUGCUUGAAAUGCUUUCAGUGCUUGGAACGUACGCAACCUUUGUUGAAGAUCCCACAAUUCGAGAUAGAUGAUAUAACUGAAGGCCUUUUCCGAAACAUAAUGGCAUGGGAGCAAUGCUAUUAUCCAUCUGAAGCUUACUUAUGCAAUUAUAUGGGGCUAUUGGACUAUCUUUUGGACACUGGAGAAGAUGUGGAGUUGCUUGUUGAAAAAGAUAUUAUAGUUAACUCGUUAGGCAGCAAUGAAGCAAUUUCCAAAAUGGUAAAUAGACUCUGCCUUGAAAUUGUGGAAGAAAAUUCUUGUUACUCUGAACUCGCUCAAAAGCUUAACAAGCACUUUGACCAAUGUUGCAACCGUAACAUGGGGCUCUUGAAAAGUACCUAUUUCUCCAAUCUUUGGAGAGGCAUUGCAACUAUUUUUGGUCUUAUAAUCUUUGGAUUCAGUCUCUGGAGUAUCAUUAGGCCUUACGUUGUAUAGAUUAAAUCCAUUGCAUCUGAACUUGUCAUUUUGAUGCACUCUGUCUCGUUCCUAACAGGGUAGUCUAUAUUCUAUAUUUGGGCGCUGGUUGUUUGAAAUGUUG